CCGCGCGGCGCAGAAGUUUGCUGAGCGCUUUCUCGCCGGCUGGUCCCGGACUCGCGCGGCGCCGCGAGCCGCCUCCUCCUUCUGCCACCGCCCUGUUCUCCCGGGAUUCCUUCUCUGCGGACAGACGCUCUGCUGGCGGGAGGCUGAGGAGGACCAAGGGGCUGCCGAGGAGGAGCGGCAGGGGCCGUUCCAGUGACAGCUUCGCGUCGGACUCUGGACGCGCGGGGCCCCGGCCGCGGAGAAUCUCGCCCACCUUCCCGCGGCCUCCGGGCGGGCGAUGCGGCCGCCGAGCGGAAGGAGGGCGCCCGGGAGAGCCUAGAGCCUGUUCCUGCCCACUUGGGGAAGGGAGCAUGGAGUUGUGAGCGCCCCUCGCUCGGCGAGGCCACCGCCGGCAGGCUCCCCAUGGCCGGGACGUACAGCUCCACUCUCAAGACGCUGGAGGACUUGACCUUGGACUCCGGGUAUGGGGCCGGGGACUCGUGCCGCUCACUCAGCCUCUCGUCCUCCAAGUCCAACUCGCAGGCGCUCAACUCUUCGGCGCAGCAGCACCGCGGGGCGGCCUGGUGGUGCUACUCCGGCUCCAUGAACAGCCGCCACAACAGCUGGGACACGGUGAACACGGUGCUGCCCGAGGACCCCGAAGUGGCCGACCUCUUCUCGCGCUGCCCGCGCCUCCCCGAGCUGGAGGAGUUCCCCUGGACAGAGGGAGACGUGGCCCGGGUGCUUCGCAAAGGCGCCGGCGGCCGGCGGCUGCCCCUAUUCUCCGCCGAGGCGGUGCGGCGCCUGGCGGGGCUGCUCCGCAGGGCGCUCAUCCGCGUGGCCCGCGAGGCGCAGCGCCUGAGCGUGUUGCACGCCAAGUGCACCCGCUUCGAGGUGCAGAGCGCCGUGCGCCUGGUGCACAGCUGGGCGCUGGCCGAGAGCUGCGCGGUGGCCGCGGUCAAGGCGCUGUCCCUGUACAGCAUGAGCGCCGGCGACGGGCUGCGCCGGGGCAAGUCGGCGCGCUGUGGCCUCACCUUCUCGGUGGGCCGCUUCUUCCGUUGGAUGGUGGACACCCGCAUCUCCGUGCGCAUCCACGAGUACGCGGCCAUUUCGCUCACCGCCUGCAUGGAGAACCUGGUGGAGGAGAUCCGGGCCAGGGUGCUGGCCAGCCAGAGCCCCGAUGGCGGAGGGGCCGGGGCCGGGGAGGUGUCCCCCGAGGCCCUGGAGAUGGUCAUCAACAACGACGCGGAGCUCUGGGGCGUCCUGCAGCCCUAUGAACAUCUCAUCUGCGGCAAGAACGCCAAUGGUGUCCUCUCCCUCCCCGAGUACUUCAGUCCUUACAACAGUGGGUCCCUGGGCCACGACGAGCGAGCCGAUGCCUACGCACAGCUGGAGCUCCGGACGCUGGAGCAGUCCCUCCUGGCCACCUGCGUGGGGAGCAUCUCAGAGCUGAGUGACCUGGUAUCCCGCGCCAUGCACCACAUGCAGGGCCGCCGGCCACUCUGCCCGGGCUCCAGCCCCGCCCGCCAGGCCCGCCAGCCACCCCAGCCCAUCACCUGGUCCCCUGACGCCCUCCACACGCUCUACUACUUCCUGCGCUGUCCACAGAUGGAGUCCAUGGAGAACCCCAACCUGGACCCCCCGAGGAUGGCCCUGAACAACGAACGGCCCUUCAUGCUGCUGCCGCCCCUGAUGGAGUGGAUGCGUGUGGCCAUCACCUACGCAGAGCACCGCCGCAGCCUCACCGUGGACAGUGGCGACAUCCGGCAGGCUGCCCGACUGCUGCUGCCUGGCCUGGACUGUGAGCCCCGGCAACUCAAACCCGAGUGCUGUUUCAGCUCCUUCCGGAGGCUGGAUGCCCGAGCGGCCACGGAGAAGUUCAACCAGGACCUGGGCUUCCGCAUGCUCAACUGCGGCAGGACGGACCUCAUCAACCAGGCCAUCGAUGCCCUGGGCCCGGACGGGGUGAACACUAUGGACGACCAGGGCCUGACACCGCUGAUGUACGCCUGCGCGGCCGGGGAUGAGGCAAUGGUCCAGAUGCUGAUUGACGCGGGCGCCAACCUGGACAUCCAGGUUCCAAGCAACUCUCCCAGACAUCCCUCCAUCCACCCCGACAGCCGGCACUGGACCUCACUGACAUUCGCUGUGCUUCAUGGGCACAUCUCUGUGGUGCAGCUGCUGCUGGACGCCGGGGCCCACGUGGAGGGCUCCGCAGUGAGUGGCGGUGAGGACAGCUACACAGAGACCCCCCUGCAGCUGGCCUCCGCAGCUGGGAACUACGAGCUGGUCAGCUUGCUGCUGAGCCGAGGUGCUGACCCCCUACUCAGCACGCUUGAAGCCAAUGGCAUGGCCUCCUCCCUCCACGAGGACAUGAACUGUUUCAGCCGCUCGGCCGCCCAUGGCCACAGGAACGUCCUGAGGAAGCUCCUGACGCAGCCCCAGCAGGCCAAAGCAGACGUCCUGUCCCUGGAGGAGAUCCUGGCCGAGGGCGUGGAGGAGAGCAACACCUCCAGCCAGGGCAGCAGCAGCGAGGGGCCCGUGCGGCUGAGCCGGACCCGCACGAAGGCCCUGCAGGAGGCCAUGUACUAUAGCGCUGAGCACGGCUAUGUGGACAUCACCAUGGAGCUGCGGGCACUGGGCGUCCCCUGGAAGCUGCACGUGUGGAUCGAGUCUCUGAGGACCUCCUUCUCCCAGUCGCGCUACUCGGUGGUGCAGAGCCUCCUGCGGGACUUCAGCUCCAUCAAGGAGGAGGAGUACAACGAGGAGCUGGUGACCGAGGGCCUGCAGCUCAUGUUUGACAUCCUCAAGACCAGCAAGAAUGACGCGGUCACCCAGCAGCUGGCUGCCAUCUUCACGCACUGCUACGGCAGCAGCCCAGUGCCCAGCAUCCCCGAGAUCCGGAAGACCCUGCCUGCCAGGCUAGAUCCUCACUUUCUGAAUAACAAGGAGAUGUCCGACGUGACCUUCCUAGUGGAAGGAAAGCUGUUCUAUGCACACAAGGUCCUGCUGGUGACAGCUUCUAACAGGUUCAAGACGCUGAUGACCAAUAAAUCAGAACAAGACGGCGACAGCGGCAAAACCAUCGAGAUCAGCGACAUGAAGUACCACAUUUUCCAGAUGAUGAUGCAGUAUCUGUACUACGGAGGGACAGAAGCCUUGGACAUCCCAGCCGCUGACAUCUUGGAGCUGCUGUCGGCUGCCAGCCUGUUCCAGCUGGAUGCCCUGCAGAGACACUGCGAGAUCCUGUGCUCUCAGACCCUCAGCGUGGAGAGUGCCGUGAACACCUACAAGUACGCCAAGAUCCACAACGCCCCUGAACUGGCCCUGUUCUGUGAAGGCUUCUUCCUCAAGCACAUGAAGGCCCUGCUGGAGCAGGACUCCUUCCGGCAGCUCAUCUACGGCCGCAACAGCAAGGUGCAGGGCCUGGACCCCCUGCAGGACCUGCAGAGCACCCUGGCCGAGCGCCUUCACUCGGUCUACAUCACCUCCCGGGUCUGAGGGCGGAGGCAGCACAGCAGGGCUGCACACCCCCCAGGCUGAGGCAUCCCUGGGGGGUGGGAGCAGGUGCUAAUGGGGGAGUUGGAACAAGUACAUACCUGGGGCCUGCGGAUGGUCGGGGCCCCGCUGCGGGGGUGGGAUGGGGGUUGUAGGCCUCUUUGGAGCCAGGCUCAUGGGACUCAUGGGACCCUUUCUGCAGAUCUUCCCUCUGGCGUCGAUCUGUCCUUGGGCAGGUAGAUGUGCUUGGAGCCCUCCUGUCACUGGGCAGCGCCACCUUCAACCCCUCUGCCCCAGGGCGGUUUGCUUGAUGAGCGAUGGGCAGACAAGGCCAAAAGGCAGCCCCUCCCUCUACCCCCAACUCCCACACUGUUUGCACCUUGAGGGCCACCAUGUACUCACCCUCGCGUGCCCCUUCUCUCCUGGAGGUCUGUGGCUGCUCCUGAUUCACCCCUGCUUGAAACAGCUUCUGACCAUGCCUUCCAGGAGGCUCUGACCACUCACAAUCCCAAGGCCUCCCCAAGCGCAAACUGUCCCAGCUAGGGCCCUUGGGGGUGUGGGCAUCCUGAUGAAGGGAGAGAACACAGACUCGGGGCCCCAGGCCACUUCAUGCAGAAACUGCUAUUUUUUUCCCCUCAAGGUCACAUCAGAAAGGCUGCCCAAAUCCCUGAACUUCUUCCUCAAGGCUGUGCCUUUGUGAUGUGAGCCUUCCAGGGUCUGAAGAUCCCUGCCCAGAGGGUCACUUAGAGCCGGAUUUUCAUUGAUGUCUAGGCCUACAGAGGCCCUCCUUCGGGGGAGCACACCCUGCUCCGUUAGUGUGAAAAGGCAGUUCCCCAGCUGAUGCCCACGGACUUCCUGGCUGAGCCAAGGGCGGCAUGGAGUGCACAGGGUGGAAUGGGAGAGCCUGCUGGCCUCAGCUUUUGUUGCUGCUGCUUUUAGAGGCCAAUCCUGAACCCCCAGCCCAGAGUUAGGCUGCCCCGGGGGCUCAGGAAGCAGGGCACCGGUUGUGGGAACUGCGGGUCCAGGUGUAGAAGGGGUGGGGCAGUGGGGCGAGCCGAGGACCUGCUGCAGCUGUCCUGCCGCAGCUGUCCUCCCUGCCCCAGGCCCAUAGCCCCGGGCUUUCCCAGGUGGAGCUGAGCAUCAGGCAGGACGCCUGUCGUAUUUAUGGACCAGACACUGGGGGAGCAUCCGGACAGCUUGCUCUGGGUCGAGCCUUCUCUGGGCUGUCUGGCUGCACCUUUGAAACUAUUUAUUCACCGAGAGCCCUGGCGCUUCAGGAGGCGUCACUUUGGUUACCUUGAAAAGCCCCCAGAGGCUUACAAUCUUGGAAAAUAUUUUUGACUAGCUGCUUGAGCUGGAUGUACAAAGGAAUAGGCGUUAUUUUAUUGCUGUAAUAUUGUAUGAUACUGUAACUAUACAUUAAUGUCACUUAUUGUAAAUGUACCAUGGUUUUAUUAACAAUAAACACUUGUUAACAAUGA